GGAGGUGCUAGGACAGCAGAGCAGGAGUGCAGGAGAGGAAGGGGCUUUGCAGUGGGCAAAAAGAGGAAAGUUUGACUAGAGGAGAAGGAGUGCAGGAGAAAGAGUGCAGGAGGAGGAGCAGGAAGAGUGUAUGUGUGUGCGCGCAAGUGUUUGUGAGAGAGCGGGAGCAUGUGAGUGUGCGAGACGAAGAGAAAGAGGGAGUGAAGCUGAAGAGCACAAUGAGCAGGCUAGGUUUGUGUUCUUAGUUUGGCUCCAGGACAGAAAGCAGAGACAGGAGGAAGUUACCAUGAAGAACACUAUGGAGUGUGUGUAUUGGGCGCACAGUCGCCAUGGCUUUGGUUCAGGCACUGCCCGUGCCCUCUGAUCACGCACAGUCCAGUGUUGAUAUUCAGCAGUGCCACCCGGUAUCGCACUCCCCACCCACAGGCGCCAUGGGCUCUGUCAGCAGCCUUAUCUCUGGACGCACUUACCAGGAACGCCACUGCCGCGCUGUCAGUGACUUCAGUGCCAGGCUCCGCAAGCCUUUGCCUGCCACCAGCUGUUUUCGGCAGCAGGAGGGCACACUGCGCAGGGCAGGCUCUCAGGAGGAGCUCCUCGACAACCAGCCUCCUCUGCCUAUCAAGAACAAACCCACUACCCUCAUGACUGCCGGCAAUGGCAACUAUGGAUACAUGAGUGAUGAAGUGGUGGGUGACUGGAAUGAUAACCAUGUCAAAGUGGGCAGCCCAUGCAGUGACACAGAAGAAACACAGGACAACCGAGGACCUGUGAACAGUACCAACAUCGGAGGCCCUCCACCCAAACUCAUCCCUGUCUCGGGCAAGCUGGAGAAAAAUAUGGAGAAAGUCGUAAUCCGACCAACCGCCUUCAAGCCUGUCGUACCCAAGAACCGCAACUCAGUGCAGUACCUUUCCCCACGGCCAGGAGGCAGUCUUUCUGAGAGCCACGGAAGCCUCAACCUCUUACUUCCAGGAGGAGCGGGGAUGCUGUGCACAGAGAAACACAAUUCGUACAGUGGUGGCCGCAACGCUCGCAACAGUCAGACUUGCAGCAUGUCAGACUCUGGCCGCAAUUCACUCUCCAGCCUGCCCACAUACAGCAGUACAGCCUGCAGCCUGGUGCAGAGCGAGGGACUGUCCACAAGCACAGAUUCCACACGGCCCACUGGAGGACACGGCCACACUAACUCAGACAGUGGCCGCUCCUCAUCCAGCAAGAGCACAGGCCAGCCACUCUCAGACAGUGGAUCAUGUGGGCGUUCCCCUGCGCCCCCAGAGGGUUAUGAGAGCAUUAUUCGUGAGCUGGAGGAAAAGCUGAGAGAGAGAGACUUGGAGCUGCAGCAGCUCCGAGACAACCUGGAUGAGAAUGAGGCAGCCAUCUGCCAGGUGUACGAGGAGAAGCAAAAACGCUGUGAGCAGGAGAUGGAGGAGCUUAGGCAAAGCUGUGCAACCAAGAUGAAGCAGGUGCAGCAGAAAGCACAACGGGCCCAACAGGUGCUGCAGCUGCAGGUCUUCCAGCUCCAACAGGAGAAGAAGAAGCUGCAAGAGGAUUUCUCACAGCUGCUGCAGGAGCGAGAGACACUGGAGAAGAGAUGUGCCUCCAUUGAAAGGGAGCAGAACCAGCUAGGCCCCCGUCUGGAGGAGACCAAGUGGGAGGUGUGUCAAAAGUCUGGCGAGAUCUCCCUGCUGAAGCAGCAGCUGAAGGAUGUGCAGGCUGACCUGGGCCAGAAGGCAGCUGAGAUUGUGGCCCUGAAGGCCCAGCUGCGAGAGGCUCGCUCUGAGCUGCAGGCCAGCCAGGCGCGCUCACAUGAGGCUCAGGCAGCAGCACGAACUCGCACGCUCGAACUGGAAGUAUGUGAGAACGAGCUGCAGCGCCGCAAGAGCGAGGCUGAGCUACUACGUGAGAAACUGGGCCGACUUGAAAUGGAGUCAACCCGACUCAGAGACGUGUUGGCAUUGCCCAGCAGCAAGGGUCAGUGCAUGAGCCUGCCUCUGCCUCAGAGCCGUGUUGGAGGUGGCCUCAGUCAAGUCCACAGCCCUGCUUUCCGGGAGGUAGUGGAGCCGCUGCCAUCAUACGAAAGUGAUGUGACCAGGGUGCAGCAGCAGAGUACAGAUGCUCUGCAUAGUCUGCACUUGCAAGUAGAGCAGCUGCGCACUGAGCUGGUGUUGGAGAGGAGGCAUGGACAGGAGCAGCUGGACGCCUUCGAUGAGGAGCGCCGUGUCUGGCAGGAGGAGAAAGACAAGGUGAUCCGCUACCAGAAGCAGCUACAACAGAACUACAUCCAGAUGUACCGCCGCAACCGGGAGCUGGAGCGUGUGAUGAGGGAGCUGAGCCUAGAGCUAGAGAACAGGGACAUGGAGGAGUUUGACAUGCGCCAUGACAUGCGAUUUGAGGAAAUCGCCGCCACCGAGAUCUAACACACAUUCAGAUUGUUCUCAAUUGCUCACUGAUCACCAGAGCACUUCCUCAGAAUCUAACCAGGGUGAAUAUGCAGCCUAGACAGUAGUACUUCCGAAACAUCCUGUUGUGUGACAGUUUCAAUUGUCCUUUCUACACAGACGUGUGAAUCUGGGGAAAACAUUUAGAUGGAGAAAAGAGGGUUUUUGUGAAAGAGUUCCUGAAUAUAAUGAAUGUCUGCUUUGAUGGAUUUCAGUCGGAAUAUGGAGCUCCUGUUAUGUGAUGGACUGAUAUCAUGUGCUGUGUUUAGACACAGUAAAGGCACUAAUGGGUGAGGAGCACCUGCACUAAUGGACUCUCCUCCACUUCUUACUAUCAGCAUUAAUAUUAAUGUAACUCUAAUGCAGCAUGGUCAGGUUCUGCAGAGUUUAAGUGCAUUGUCAUGUCACUCAAUCUGCUUUCAGUGUGUUCAGUCUUGGAGUUGUUCUUAUCAGUAAGUAAGACAAAAAAAAAAAACAGCUUUUGUAUAGUGGCUGUUUUCAUGUCAGGGUGGAACACAAAGACAGAGAAUAACAUCUGUUCUAUCUGUCCUCAGAGCUCACUUUGUGCUCAGCACCUCAAUACUAAUCACUUUAUGUAGAAGUACUAUUUUUUUAUGAUGAUGAAAUUUGAUAUAUUGUCUUUUUUCAUCUUCCUUCAUAGAUUGCACAAUGCACAAUAUUGCGAUGCACACAACAGAGUGUGAAAAGCAUGUGUGCAUGAUACAGUAAUAUUCUGUCAUCAGGCUGUCUGGUGAUCAGAUUUAUAAUGAUCUCUGUGGAGCUCACACAAGUUAAAUAUGCUCUAGUCAGCAAUGUCUCCACUCAAAGUGGGCGGAGCCAAUGCUCUCAUUAGCAGCAUAGACAGUACAAUGUAUUCAUAGAUCUCAAUUUAGAUUUGCCUCCAGCUUCUGAAAUCCUAAUAAAGAAAAUAGUCACAUAGGCGGGGAUAUACACAGUAUAUACACAAUAUACACUAUUUUUUGUUAUUACAGAACAAACUCUUUAAAAUAUGUAGGAAUGGAAUAUAUUUUAUAUAUUUUUAUAUGCAUAUAUAUAGUGACUUAGCCUAUUUUGUGGUAACGAUUCAACAGUUUUCUAUCUCAUACACUUUAAGAGGUAACCCAGUGGAGUCAAUUGCCAUGAGCUUUUCAUAAGGCACUUUAGAGUGACUGCUUAUAUUUCCACAGUGUUGCUAUGUAGAUUUCAGGACUGGUAGGAAAUUACAGUCUGUUAUGACUUUUGGAAAUUUGGUAACAUUGUUUUAAGAAUCAUCUACCAAGUGCCAGACACUGCCUGACAGUCAUUACUAAUUUAGCAUUCUCCAACUUCUUGCAACGAUGAUUCGUAUCACUUCCCUCCCCCAUUUGUAUUAUUAGGCAAAUCAUUCUUACUGAUUAUAAGCUGAAUCUUACUGCUCACUGCAACUGAUUCUCCAUCAGUCAACUGUAGCAAAGUUGCUUCACAUGCAUCACAGUUAUUAUGUUUAUAUUAUCUCUGUUACAAACUAUUUGAAGCCAAAUAGCAGUAUUAAUCAAAAGGUCUGGACAUUUUUUCUUCUGGUCAAAUCAUUUCCAUAAAACCUUUCAUUUACUGAAUUCAUGUGUUAGUCAUCAUAUAAAUCUAGUUCUACAUCCCCUAGAGAUCUGUUGCACCAGAGCAGCACAGCGAUAACAUGAGGAGUGAUACAAGCCCUUUAAUCAAUAACCUAGCAUACUUCAAUAGCCUAGCAUUCUCUCCCUGAUCAGACUGUUUGCUCUCUUAUAUGUCUGUUACAUGGUUUGUGUAUACAGUCAACGGUCUUCCUUUAUUCCCAGUGUUUUUUGUUCUUCCAUUGAAUACUAUUUCAUACCAUGACUGAAACACUUGUAAAUAUUCCUAGUAUUGUAUUCUAAGUUUUAUGCAUAAUAUCUCUGUCAAAGGUGUAGCCACUGGGAAUAGACCAAAGCAAAGUAACAUAAGGUAUUUGUUUUAUUCUGUCUUUUAUUCAUGUUUGUUUCGAGUGUGUUUUUUGUCAUUUCAUGUUUGUUGUCACUUGUAUAUUAUCAUGCUGUACAUUUCCUGCAAAAAGCAAUACAAUGUUUUUGAUUAAAAAUAAGUCACAAGUCA